AUGGAUGUCACUGAGCUCUCUUUUGGAAUCUUGUUUCUGUUACAGACCAGCACUGGAGUCUCAGUGAAUGGAUUCCUCCUCCUGUUCUAUACCCAUCUCGUUUCCACCACUCACAGGCUCAGCUCCUCUGACUUAAUUCUUGCCCACCUAGCUGUGGCCAAUACCAUAGCACUUCUCACACUUGGAAUUCCACAGAGCAUGUCAGGGUGUGGUCUGAGAAAUUUCCUGAACGAUGUCGGAUGCAAAAUUGUCUUUUAUUUUUAUCGAGUGGGCCGGGGCCUUGCCAUCUGCACCACCUGCCUCCUGAGUGUCUUCCAAGCCAUCACUAUCAGUCCUGGCACUGCCAGGUGGGCAGGAGCCAAAGUCAAAUUACACAAGUGCAUCCUUCCCUGUUGUAUCUUAUUCUGGAUCCUCAAUAUGCUAGUAGAGUUCGAUAGAGUGAUGAACAUGACAGGUCCCCAGAACAGCAGCAGUCUUCAAAGCCCAAUGGAUUAUAAAUACUGCUCGAGGGUUAGUCUCAGUGCAGUCACCACCGUGGUAUAUACUGUUGCUGUUUCCCUCCGGGAUCUGGUCUUCGUAGGGCUUAUGAGUGCAACCAGUGGCUACAUGGUCUUUGUCCUGCACAGACACCACCGGCGAGUCCAGCACCUUCAUGGACUUAGCAACUCCACCAGAGUGAUGCCUGAAGUCAGAGCAGCCAAGAGAGUCAUUGCCCUGGUGACUCUCUUCGUCCUCCUCUAUGGGCGACAGUCAGUCACGCUGAAUAUUAUAAUGAACAUGAAAGAAAAGAAUCCUCUCCUGCUGUAUAGCCACAUAGUUUUUGCACACACCUUUUCUGCCAUAAGUCCCUACCUAGUGAUUCACAGUGACAGGAGAAUGAAAAUGUUCUGGAAAAAGAAAUGUAUUUCCAACCUAGAUCCCUCCUCCUAA